AUGCACUUUUACAAACCAAUCCUUGCUCAAAUUAGCGACAUGCCCAUCAAAGAAUCGUUCUUUGCUUAUUUUAUUGAUCCUGGAACAAAAUGCUCAGUAGACACAAUGUUAGAGGCCUUGCAAUACAUUCUUCCAAUUAAAAGCAUCAAAAAGGAUGAGCUGUUUAGAAAGUGUUUUUUGAUGAUGGCAGAGGAGUGUAAACGAUUCUGUGCCAUUUAUAAAAAAAUAAAGGGAUAUUAUAGAAGAAUUGAUAAAAAAUAUUUGAUGGAUGAGGAUGGCAGCAUUCCAAAGGAAAAUGAAGAGGAAGACCCCCUUUUGGCAUCAAAAUUCAGCUUUAAAGCAAAGAUUACCGAGUCUGAGCUAAGCACACUUGCUGAUCUUGAUGACAAGACAAGUCUUCCAUCACUUGUGCUGGUCAGAUGCUGUGGGCUUGAAAAUGUAAAGUCGCUAGCUGAAAAUCUUUUUUCAAAAAACCCAAUGCUUUUUGUAGGCUCGAUGCCUAACAACUACACGGCCCUUUAUCUCUUUGGCGCACUUCCCUUUAAGGCUGAGCUAUAUGAAAAAAUUUUAACAUCUAUUAAAAGCACAAAACUGUCCACAGAGAUUUUCCAAAUGCUAACAAAGCUUCUGCCACUGGAAAUUAAAACAGACAUUAUCCGGGCUAAAGCCGAGUACAUCAAAAACACUUUUGGGAUGCAUGAGCCCAAUGUAAAAACAAUGAAGAUGCUGCUCGAGUUGUUUAAAUACACGCCAUCCUCUGAUCUCCUAAGAAUCAUUAUUUCUAAUAUCAUUCACUCUUUGAUUGUAAAAGCCGAAUAUUUAUUGAGAUACCCAAAUACAAGUUUUGAUGAGGAAAUUAAGAUAUUAGAAAAGAUCAUAAAAACACCAUCCUUUAGCUCUUGUGCCAUAAAUCUACUCAAAAAUUGCUGUUUCACCAUUCUUACUUCAAAGGAGUAUCAGGACAAAGCUCUGGAAUUGGUCCAUAUGUACCUUCAGUGCAAUCCCAACUGUAAAGUUUUCAUCGAUGCAUACAUCAAUUACUUUUACAGGAAUUUCUUUGACUUUGGAGUAUUAAUUAAGAUGAAAAUAUUUGAGGUGAUAUCAUCCUCACCAAGCUUCGAUGCAUUUGGCAUAAUCAACAGUCUUAUAGCUGGCAUGGAGCCCUCAAUCUUCUCAACUGUGCAGAGCGAGGAGCUUCAAAGAAUCAACAAUUUGAAGAGAAUGUCAUUUUUAAUACUAUCACAGCCAAGAAACAAGUUUUCUUCAAUGAGCGAUAUAUUUGUAAAAAUUAUUAAUGAUCUAAUCAACUCCACACCAGAAAUAAGGAUUGAGCUGAUUAGAUUCUCAACCAUUCUUAUGCUCAAAGUUGACAACCAUUAUCUUCAGACACUCUUUCCAAUUCUUGUGGCCGACUUUAUGAUUUCAGUUUUUACAAAAGAUCUGAGAGUGGUUAAAGAAAUCUUCAGAUUUGUGGAUGUUUCAAUAUGGCUCAACUCGUCUGUUUUUACUUUUAAAGUACUUUUCGGUGAAAAUCAUACAUUUUACAACCAGCUCAAGUCUCAGAUUUUAUAUGAAACCCCAGACAAGUUGGAAAUUGACUUGUCAGCAAGAAAGUUGCCAAACUUCUUAGUAAUUGCAUUCGAUAAGAUCUCAUCCUGGAGCCAGCUCUCAUUAUAUCUUAAAAAUGCACCGUCAUACUAUAAUUAUAUUGAGUUUCACAUGGUUGAGAGGGAUUAUGAAUGGGUUAUUAGAGAUAUUGGGCUUUCAUAUGGAGACAAUUGA